UAUAAGUGGAAUUGAGACAAAGUUCAACUGUAUGGGUAGGAAUGACCAGGAUAAGAACCAAUCUUCAGAGUUUAUGCUAUCAAUAUUCCAAAAUAAGGGAAAUGCAAUGGGCAAAAGAACUUUCAAGCAGUUGAGUUUUGUGGAUUGGAAGCAAGCCCAAUUAUAUGCUCUUAUGAAUUGUCCAGAAGUGCAACCGUUUAUAAGAGAGUAUGACAUCAUACAUGAGCCUAAACAAAGUUUAGUUGAGUGGUUCCAAUCUCGGAUAUGGAAGCUUCAUGUGGAGAAGGAUCCAAGAGUAACCACCGAGUUAUUGUCAUUUUCACGAGGACCAAGUAAGAGUGCUGGAAGCUUUCAAGGUUACUAUGUGAAUGGGUAUCGCUUUCACACUAAAAAGCGUCAACGUAGGAGAAAGACGCAAAAUAGUGGAGUUGUAGUUAAAGGAGAUGAAGCGAGUGACCAAAGAGAUUUUUAUGGAGUUUUGAAAGAAGUUUUAGAGCUUGAAUACGAUGCUCCAAAUGGUGGGGAAAAACAACCUAUUGUGGUGUUAUUUAGAUGUGUGUGGUUUGAUGUUUAUAGUGAUGGUCGUGCGAUCAAAAUAGAUAAGUUUGGCACUACUAGUGUCAACAUCAGGAGAUUUUUAGGGACUAAUGAGCCAUUUGCUUUGGCAUCUCAAGUAGGACAAGUUUAUUAUGUUAAGGCACAUAAUGAACCGGAUUGGAGAAUUGCAAUUAAAACUAUCCCUCGAAAUUUCUAUAAUUUUCCCAUUGUUGAGGAUGAUAUUGGUGAUUAUGAGCAUGAUGAUAAUGGAAUGGAUGUCGAAAUGCCUAACAUGGUUGUGGAUGAUGGAGAGGAUGAUGAACUCUUACCGAGAUUAGAUGUCCCCCCCGGAAAUAGUGAGUGAUGAUGACGAUGACAAUGAUGAUGAUGAUAAUGAUGAGGAGGAGGAGGAGGAAGAGGAAAGCGAGCAAGAUGAAGAAAGCGUUCAAGAAGAUGGUGACGAAGAAGAAGAUAUAAUUACUAGUGUAUAUGAUUUAGACUCAUGUAGUGAUUGAUAUGUAAAGUUCCUGUUACAGUUUCUCAUGUAGUGAUUGAUAUUUGUGUUUUCAGUGAACCAAUAUUUGCUAUUAUCAUAUUUGUUUAUGUUUAUUUGUAAUUUAUAAAUGUUUUUGAGUUUAUUUCUUUGUUUCUUUAAGACUCUUGUUGAAGGCAGAUGGAUUCAGAGGC